AUGUCUUUCAACUCCCCCAUCUUCCAACACCUCAACGGCGCUCAGCCCGCCAGGAAGCCUACCGUCAACCAGGCUUUCCCCAUCAGAGCGCCCGUCGAGGCCGCUGCUGCCCCCAGCGGUGCUGACCUGUACGCUCGAUUCGCCUUUGCCGGUGCGGUCUGCGUAAGUGUUGAUCAACAAAAAGAAGGCAGCUGAUGCAGUCCGUGUGGACUCAGAAUGAGCCUCGCUGCGACGCCACGCUUCUCUGGCGCUUCAAGCAUUCAGCUUGCAGAAACCGCUGACUCCUCAGCAUGCCCUCUUUGCGCUGCAGUGCGCCAUCACCCACGGUGCCUUGACCCCCGUCGAUGUUGUCAAGACCAGAAUCCAGUUGGAGCCCGAGGUGUACAACAAGGUGCGUACACUCCACUCGUCUCAGUUUAGAUCACAGCCAGGAUCUCAUCAAAAUCACUUUCCCGCUCAACAGGGCAUGAUCACUGGAUUCCGCCAAGUCGUGGCCAAGGAGGGUGCUGGUGCCCUUCUGACCGGCUUCGGCCCCACCGCUGCCGGUUACUUCCUGCAGGGAGCCUUCAAGUUCGGAGGGUGAGUGUACACUCAUUUUUCCUGCUCAAGAGUGCGGAAUCGGGUUCGCGCGUUGCAAGGGCUGGCGAGAAGACACUUGUGGCUGCCGGAAUGGUCGCCUUGGAGCGCGUAGCAACUGCUUCCGACUGCGACAGCCUCGGCCGGUCUCUAUUGCAGCUUCACAUAGCUAUACCAUAGCGGCUGCCGCACCGGUCUUAUCGCCCCUUUUCCGCAUAUCCAAUCGCUGACUGCGUCCCCACUGCCCAUCUGCAGUUACGAGUUCUGGAAGAAGACCAUCAUCGACCAAGUCGGUCUCGAGACUGCCACCGCGAACCGCGGAGCAGUCUACCUGGUAGCUUCCGGUAUCGCAGAGUUCUUCGCAGAUAUUGCUCUCUGCCCCCUCGAGGCCACGCGUAUCCGUCUCGUCUCCCAACCUGGCUUUGCCAACGGUCUUCUCGGCGGUUUCGCAAAGAUUGCCCGUGAGGAGGGUCUCAAGGGCUUCUACUCUGGGUGAGUGUCACGCCCGUACAUGCAGGACGCUCCGCUCGGGGCCGCCAGCUCAGCGAUGAUACAGGAAUCGCAAAGCUAGGACGCGCUGCUUUGGCGGGCCACUGACCUGAAUCCCUCCCUUGACCCCGCUCCUCUAGCUUCGGCCCCAUCCUCUUCAAGCAGGUGCCAUACACGAUGGCCAAGUUUGCCGUCUAGUGAGUCAUGCGGUGUUGAACCCUGUCCAACCUGCUCGCUCACGUCCUACUGCUGUGCUCUCCGUCCUCUAGCGAGGUCGCCUUCGAGAAGAUUGUGGGCCUGACUGGCAAGCCCAAAGAGCAACUCUCGCCCGGUCUCUUGACCAGCCUGAACUUAGGAUCCGGUGUGCUCGCCGGUUUCGCAGCUGCCUUCAUCUCUCAACCCGCCGACACGCUGCUGUCGAAGAUCAACAAGACCAAGGGCGCCCCAGGAGAGGGUGUGACAAGCCGCUUGAUCGGAAUGGCCAAGCAGCUCGGCGUGCGCGGUCUCUUCGGCGGUAUGACUGCUCGUUUCGUGUGCGUAUGCGAUGCUGUUGUUCACAGAGGACCAGUGGCUUCACGGAAAGCUGACACAAAACAUGCCCAUGCCACUCACCCACAGUAUGAUUGGUACGCUCACUGCCGGUCAAUUCGCAAUCUAUUCCGACAUCAAGAAGGCGCUCAACGCUACUCAAGGUAUCGAGCUCGCCAAGGCUGCCAAGUAG